GAGAGAGAGAGAGGGGAAGAGAAGAACGGGAAUAAGGGGAAGCAUUAGAGCCGCGGAAUUGGACGAAGGCGGAAGACAAAGACGAUGAAGAGGAAAAGGUUAAGAGGGAAGGAGUAAACAGGAAGGAACGGGAUGGAAUCUGCCUUUGCCUUCUACCCUCAACCCCUUUAAAAGCCGAUACUUUGAGAAUAGAUCCUUCUUCCCACCUCCACCUCCUCCUCGUUCUGUUCCUGCUUUGCAUAUCAUAACUUUCUUCACUUCCUUCUUUUCAGGAAAAUUCUUCUUCUUUUUUUCCCCAAGAACGAAUCCUGCGCACGAAUUUAUUGCUUGUUUCUGUGUUGUUGUUGUUGUGAUGUUCCGUUCAAGAUUUAGAUUUUGAUUGUUGUUGUGUGUCUUGCAAUCCGCCCCUAUCCUUCUCGAAUAAAAAUCCUUCCUUUUACGUGAUCAUAUAGGCGCAUUCGUCUUUUUCAUAUGUUGUUGUUGUUGACGAUGAUGUUCUCGUUUGCUGUCUGUCAAUCUCAAGCCUUCACGUAUUCGAUCGAUUUUUCCAAGAAAAAAAUUCCAGAAAAGGGACAAAGUUGAGCGGGGGAAGAAAUUGGAUCGAUCGGAUCGAGGAGCGUCAGCGGGGCGUAACUUUCGUGGGGUCUCCACGGAUUCGCCAAUCCGAAACGCUUUGUUUCGCUGCCUGGCUGCUCUGGAGUGCAUACUGGAUGUGAUCAGGGCCCUUCCGAUGGGUUCCUGUCUGUCGUCGGAUGGCCGGAGCAGCGACUCUCGACCGUCGUCCCCGGCGACAGGGGCCAGGCGGCAUCGGAGGGGCCCGAGGAAGCGGCCGCGUGGCUUGUCGGAGGAGGAGCAGCAACUCCAUGGGAUUCCCGGGAGGAUGUUCCUCAAUGGCGCAUCCAGUGCCGCGUCUCUGUUCACCCAGCAGGGCAAGAAGGGGACCAAUCAGGACGCCAUGAUCGUGUGGGAGAAUUUUGGCAAUAGAAGUGACACUGUUUUUUGUGGAGUUUUUGAUGGUCAUGGUCCAAACGGCCACAUGGUGGCAAGGAAAGUGAGAGAUAUUCUCCCUCUAAAGCUGUGUGCCAGUUGGGAAGCAAAUACAGGAAAUGAUGAGGUCAUAGAGAACAAUAUCGGCAAUCCUGGUAGCGUGAUUUCAGAGGAAACAUCAUCUGUGUUCCUCAAUGAAGAAUCCAGAGCUCUCACUGGUUUUGAAGAAACGGACAAGGAUUCAGAAACCUUGACAACAUUGGAAGACUCGUUCUUAAAAGCUUUUAGGGUAGUGGAUAAAGAAUUGAGAUUGCAUCCUGAUAUUGAGUGCAUUUAUAGUGGGACAACAGCAGUCACUUUGGUCAAGCAGGGCCAAGAUCUUGUCAUUGGAAAUGUUGGAGACUCAAGAGCAGUACUGGGCACUAGAGAUCAUAAUAACUCCUUGAUUCCAGUUCAGUUGACUGUGGACCUCAAACCAAAUCUUCCCAGGGAAGCGGAAAGAAUUAGGCGUUGUAGGGGCCGUGUCUUUGCUCUCCGGGAUGAGCCGGAGGUGGCUCGGGUUUGGCUCCCUAAUAUCGAUUCCCCAGGCUUAGCCAUGGCACGAGCUCUCGGUGAUUUUUGUUUGAAAAAAUUUGGCCUGAUUUCUGUGCCUGAGAUUACAUAUAGACGUGUCACUGAAAAAGAUGAGUUUAUCGUCUUGGCCACCGAUGGGGUCUGGGAUGUAUUAUCCAAUCAAGAGGUGGUAGAGAUUGUUGAUACUGCUCCUACAAGGUCCUCUGCAGCUCGAUAUCUUGUUGAAACAGCAGUCAGAGCCUGGAGGAUCAAGUAUCCUACGUCAAAGAUAGAUGACUGUGCUGUGGUCUGCCUCUUCCUUGAUGUAGAAUCAUCUAAUGGUUCCUCCAUUGAACGGACAAAUGAAGGCGAUGGGCCACUGGAUGGCAUGGAACUUGCAGGGUCAACUUCUUUGGACCAAUCUAGCACACUCGGAGCUUGCACCGAGAUUCAGCAGUAUAAGGAAGAUCAAGAAAAAGACAACUAGAUCUCAAUCAUAUCAACAACGCUCCCGUGAUGAUGGCACCCAAACGCAGGUUGGCGACUGUUUGUGCUCUACAGAGGUGUCCCAAAUGCAUACCUUAUUUAUACUGCCAAAAUUACUGCUGCUUAGAAGCUGACAACCACCACCAAAAGUUAGCAACUAGCUUGGCAGUGGCUUAAGUGGUCUCGUGGACUAAUUAAAGAAAUCUACAGCUGGAAUUCCUUUUUUUCACGAGAAGAGCAGCCUGACUGUAUUCAAACGUCUAGGUGAUCUCUCCGUGAGCUCCAAAUGUCAAAUGUCAGUGUGUAGGAUUGCAUUUGUUUUUGUACAAUUCCAACUUGUUUAUGUGGUUUGUUAUAAUUGUUAUCUCCUUAAUUAAUUUGAGGAAUCAAUGCUUUACUUGAUCAUUGUUUUACUCUGAUCAUUGUUCUGUAUUCUGUAAACUGUACUAUGUUAUUUAUUUAUUUAUUUAUUUAUUAUA